UUUUCGUUAAUAAGUAGCAAACUAGCAAAGAACAAUUGCUUAAUGAAUAAUGCCAAUACGUAACGAAUUUAUCUGUUUACAAGUUACUGAAAGCUUAAUCAGUGUUUAAUAAUUAAUAUAAUAUUACACGUACCAAUAAAUUAUAAUUAAUUGAAGUUAACGAUUGAAACCGACAAAACUUAGACGUACAAUCUUUAACCCAAUUCACUGUUUUCAGGUCACUAGUGCAGGUACACAGCGAUCAUGUGUAUGAUACGAGACAACGAUGACAAUUGUGACAAGUUUGUGUAUCCAAUACACAUACUGGACACUAUCGACCUAACAAUGGACGAGUUGGGAGAUGAUGAUGACUUCAUAGAAAUCACGCCGCGUGGUGACCUGUGGAACUAUCCGUACAACUUAUUACCAUCUAAUGAUGAAGGAGAAUCGGCAAGUGUUUUCCUUGGUCAUUUAGGUGAAAAUAUGGAGGAUAUUCAUAAUGCUGGUUCAAGUACCACUGAUGACUCGUCAAAUGAAAUAAAUCAAAAUGCUAAUACACCAAAUGCUUCAGCAAAUAUUAAUAUUUUGGAAACCAACGAUUCUGAUCAUUCUACUGAAGAAAGAGAAUUUGAAUUGAAUAUACCACAAAUAUUGUUAUCGAUGUCUAGAAUAUCAAAUAAUUUGUAUCAUCUUACUUCAGCAUCUCAUGAUUAAUUAGUCUUUUACAAAUGUAUUCUUUAAUAUUAUUUAAUUUAUUAAGUAUAUUGUACAUUUAAUAAAAAAUAUACUUUAGUUCAAUACAAU